UCUUUGCUUUUCUCAAAUGUAAUCAAAUAUAUCAUUAAUGAAUGACAGGACGAAGAGAUCAUACAUUCAUGGCUUUCAAGAAUCCAUUUUGAAGAAUAUGUAAACAACUUUAUCCGCGCGGGUUAUGACAUGCCCACCAUCUCGAGAAUGACACCUGAGGAUUUGACGGCAAUUGGAAUAACAAAACCACAAAAGAGACAAAUUCUGAAGACAGAGAUUCAAAAACUGAGUAUCGCUGACGGCAUCCCAUCUUUCAAACCAAGCUCACUGUUGGAGUGGUUGAAGAUAUUGCGUUUGGAGGAGUACUUUGCGAUUCUGUGUCAACAGGGAUACGACUCGAUCGAUAGGGUGACUGAGUUGGCCUGGGAGGACCUCGAGGAGGUCGGCAUCACUAAACUUGGCCAUCAAAAGAAGAUAAUGUUAGCCAUAAAAAGGAUACAAAAUGUUAACAACAAUAUAAGUCGUUCGCAAGUGUCAGACACUCCGCAUAAUUUGUCGCUUCCAUUGAUAUAUAGUAACAAUAGUAGUUGUAAUGGCUUAACGCGUGCACACAAUAAUGGCUUUCAAAUGCCAGCGAAUACACAGUUUCAGGACACGGUUCCCAUAACGAUGUUCGCACCGACCAAAUCCAGUCCUUCGCCCACCACUGAACAGCCCAUAACUCCACAGUUGAAGACUUUCCAACAGUUGCCUAACAAUGGAUUUAUGUUUAGUAGACAACGAAGCGAAGCCCCAUAUUUGGCCUUUGCAUCCAAUGAUACACAAAACCCUUUCCUUCAAUCAUCUCGCGGACGAUCUCUCGAGAGUCUGGAUAACAAUGAAAGCAAUUUCUAUCAAAUGUAUACAAAACAAAGUAAUGCUUUCAACGGAUUCCCAAAACAAACCCCGUUUUGCGGCAAUGAGUCCUCUAUUAGAGAGUGCGACCAAAUUCAUGGCUACGAAACGGACAACGAAGUGAUGAACAGUUAUGCAAACCAUAGGAAAACAAUGUACGAAAUCGAUGGAACCGCUACUUUGAAUAGACCAAAGGGACUCAUUAAGGCUAAACCUGUGGCUAAGAUUGUGGCCAAAACCAGACAAACGGAUCCAAAUGUGUUUAACCAUCAAAUAUAUGACACACAAAAGAACAAUUCAUUUGAUAAGCGAUUUGAUUCGCUCUCUCAAAGUGACUUCAGUUUGCAAAACAAUUACAUAAGCGAUGACUUGGAGUCAAACACUUACUAUCAGGACAUGUCUUCGCAAAUCUAUUCGAGUCUUAAGCGUAAGAAGACUCCUCCGCCUCCACCCAAACGAGUGAACUCAAUGAGAAACACACCAAACAAUUCGCCACUAUAUGGGGGUCAAGCGAUGCCAUCAUUUAGUCCACAUUUAGUUCACCGACAAAAUUACGAUCAAUUUCAGGAACAAGUGUUUGCUUCUUGUGUGAAGAAUUUGACGACUCGUUUCUCAAUCAACAAUAACUCGGACGACAUGAGACCCAAUGGGGGCCAAAGACAGCCCAAAGACAUGGUUGACUAUUCCAAUGACUUCCCUCCGCCCCCUUCGCCCCUACCAUUCAACGAAUGCCAAAACUAUAAUACAUUGCAGCGGAAGAGAGAUAAAACGGAUCGCGACUGCAAUAUCUCCAGUAGUUCUUCAACUGAAUCGAUGCCUUUUGCGAACGACAAUAUCGGGACAAUCAAACAACGAGUUAGUAUUGACUAUACACACAAAGACCUACAUUCGCCCUCACAUUCAUACACGUGUUCGGCACCGCCUUCUAUGACCAGUUCUCCUUCAUCUCCAACCCAUCAAAAUGUCACUCAAACUAUUUCACCCGAAGAUAUUUCACCCAACGAUUCAGAUCCCAAAGUACUUAUGAAUAUUCUAUCGCCUGUUAGACACCGGGCUAUUGAUCACCAAAGAAUGGGUGUAAAGAGUAGCGCCACUGCAUCUGGAAUGAGAGCCAAUCCAUUGGAUCCGUUGGAUGACAUCGAGACAAUGCUUGUGAAUCUGUCCAAUCAAUUGGAUCUAAUGCUCGAAACAGAUCACAGCAAACGUACUAACAAUUAAUGUUUGACUUCAAAGGAUUAAUACCUUUGAGUACGAAAUCAAAACUAUAAAAUUCAAUACAAUAUAUAAGUCAAACUUAAUAGUGAUUUAUUAAGACAUCAAAAAUGUUUUAUUUAUACCUUUGAGAGCGUGUAGUCAUAUAUACAGAUAUACAGUAUUCAUAUAUAACAUACAUAUUAUAAACUAAAGCCU